AUGAGCAUCGAGGCUCUCGAGAGAACCUCGUUGUCUCAAGGUUUCGCGGAGAGACCGAUCGUCAGAGCCGCGGGAGUUCUCAGGAGAGACGCUUCGACGGAGAUCAUUGACGUCAACCGACUGUCCCAGAAGAGUACAUCGGUCAUUCAAUAUGUUGAAGUUGCCGACGCCGAUGGACGACUGUACUGCGUGGACGGACUAAUCAGCGCGCCGUGCUGGUUGAAGAUCGUCACGUUUGCCAAGGAUUGUCAAAGUUGCAACGUUUUGCUGAUGACCACCGACAAAGGUGUCAUACUGAAGACCAUCAGAAGCAUAACACCAGGCGAGCCUCUGCUGAUGUGGUUCACCGAGAAUAUUUUGGCUAUGCUGAACAUGCCGUUUCUAACGCCGUCCAAUAUUCAAGGUCAGAAUCGUUACAUUUGUCACAUGUGCCACAACCUGUUCGAGUACCCGAAUCCUUUGAAGAUUCAUCUGGCCUUGAAAUGCAACCGACUGGACAGUAAUCAUCUUUGGUCCGCCCUGGCGAAAGAGUUCAGUCUACCGCCAAGAUCGAGCCUAUCUCUGAGCCUGUUCCCUCAAUCCACCUUCAGAUUCGAGUUGACUAGAUCGCCUCAGACUUCACCCACCAGGAUAUCGCCGAUUCUGGUCGAAACUACGGACUCGAACCCUUCCCUGACAAAUAACUCUCCGGGUUCCUCGAAUCAACCCUCCCCCUCCUCAUCGAAUCAACCGUCCCCGAAUUCCUCGUCGACGCACAUAUCACCGAACUCGUCGUCUCAGUUGUCCCCGGUGGGGAAGGAGUUGAGCUACCGACACUCCGCGUUCAAGCCGUACAUGAACCAGAACAAUGUUUUCUCGGUUGUCUGCCCACCGGCCAGGGAAGAAACCGUUCUAGCGCCGUACAAUGUACAGGCGACCGCGUCACCGAUCGCCACGGACGUGCACGCCGCCCAAAUGGAAACGAUAGUCAGCAAUCUUGGCAAAUCGAAGCAGGGCCACUUGUGCAUCUAUUGCGGGAAGGUCUACUCGAGAAAGUAUGGGCUGAAGAUUCACAUCAGGACCCACACUGGCUACAAACCGUUGAAAUGCAAAUACUGUUUACGACCUUUCGGAGAUCCGAGCAAUUUGAACAAACACGUACGAUUGCACGCGGACGGGGAAACACCUUACAGAUGCGAGCUCUGCGGCAAAGUGUUGGUCAGAAGGAGGGACCUCGAGAGGCACAUCAGAUCGAGGCAUCAGGAGAACGUUGAGCAGAACUCGGACACGUCGUCGGACGGGAUCGAUGUUUGA